AUGUCACCCGAUUUGGCUGGGGGAACAACCAUUACAUGUGGGAGGGCCUUGGCAGUUAAUGGACUUGUCGAAGGUCAGAAGAUUCGGUCUGGCCUCUCUGUUUCUCCCAGAGUUUCUCCCGCUUCUGUCGGCAAAGAGGAUGCUGGAAUAAUUCUAAGGCUACUGGUGGUUUUUCAUCCAGAGACAGCUGUUCGAACAUGGGGGCGUCCAUUUUCUUCAGACAGUGGAGAUACGGUUGAUGUCAUGGUCCCUCCUCUGGCUGAAUCUAUCUCUGAUGGAACCCUGGCAAACUUUUUGAAGAGGCCCGGUGACAGGGUUAAUGCUGACGAGCCAAUUGCUCAAAUUGAAACAGAUAAGGUCACAAUCGAUGUUUCAAGUCCUGAGGCAGGUGUGAUUCUGAAGUUUCUAGCCAAUGAAGGGGAUACUGUUGAGCCAGGUAACAAGAUAGCAAUCAUUUCAAGAUCUGGUGACGCAACUCAUGUUGCUCCAUCUGAUACUACAUCUGAGAAAGCCGCUUCUCAGCCAACCCAAAAGGUUAGUGAGGAGAAGAAAGCUCCCAAAGUUGAAACUCAACCUGCUAAAGAGAAGCCCAAAACACCUCCGGCCACAUUGAGUUCUCCCACUGAGCCCCAACUUCCUCCCAAAGAAAGAGAAAGACGGGUUCCUAUGACAAGGCUGCGGAAACGAGUUGCUACACGACUGAAAGAUUCCCAAAACACAUUUGCUAUGCUGACAACCUUCAAUGAAGUUGAUAUGACUAAUUUGAUGAAGCUCCGAUCUGAUUAUAAGGAUGCUUUUGUUGAAAAGCAUGGAGUCAAAUUGGGACUUAUGUCUGGCUUUGUUAAGGCGGCUGUCAAUGCACUCCAACAUCAACCAAUUGUCAAUGCAGUCAUUGAUGGGGAUGAUAUUAUAUACAGAGAUUAUAUAGAUAUCAGCAUAGCUGUUGGUACUCCGAAGGGCCUUGUUGUUCCGGUUAUCCGCAAUGCUGAUACUAUGAAUUUUGCUGAUAUAGAAAAGCAAAUCAAUGCUUUUGCUAAGAAGGCAAAUGAUGGAACUUUAUCAAUUGAUGAGAUGGCUGGAGGCACUCUUACAAUAUCCAAUGGUGGUGUUUAUGGGAGCCUUUUGAGUACUCCUAUUAUCAAUCCCCCUCAGUCGGCAAUCUUGGGUAUGCAUUCCAUCGUGAGUCGUCCGACGGUUGUGGGAGGAAAUAUUGUCCCAAGACCAUUGAUGUACGUUGCUCUGACAUAUGACCACAGAAUUAUUGAUGGGAGAGAGGCAGUGUUCUUUCUGCGACGCAUCAAAGAUAUUGUGGAGGAUCCUCGCAGGCUUCUGCUUGACAUAUAA